UAUCUCGAGCAAUAUCGAGAUGGUAUUCGUGAGGAGUUGGAGAUGAAUCAGGUUGCGGUUCAACAGAAACUGCCACAGAAAAUGCAAGAGAUGCUAACGACAAUGGAAUGCAUGGGUGCUGAUCAGUACAGCAACGGUACCGCAACGAGUACACUUGGUGCGGGCGCUCGGGGUGGUUCGUACAUAAAUCAUAUGAAUACUUAUGCGGGAAGGCCGAGGGAGGAUCGUGUCUAG